CUGGAUGACGAGAGCAUGGAGCCCGUCAUCGCCGUGGUGCUUCAGAUCCUGAGGCGGUGCCACCCUAAGAGUCUCCUACCCUUGGUCACAGCCAGCAGUGCCUAUGCCUUCCCAGUCCCCGGGAGCAUCACCUCUGAACCUCCACAUGAUCUACUUGAAGAGGAUUUUGAAGAUGAUGGUGAGGAGGAGGUGGACAAAGACUCUGAUUCUGAAGAUGGAAAAGUGGAAGAUGAUGACUUGGAAACAGAUGUGGACAAACUGAGUUCCAAACCUGGUCUGGACCGGCCUGAAGAGGAGCUGAUGCAGUAUGAGGCCGUGUGUCCUGAGCUCUCCUGCAGCUCUGAGGAACUGGAGUCCAAACCUGGAGAUGAUUUGAACCCUGAAAAGACUGAGUUUGCCAAUCACCACCACAUUCCGACUGCUGCCUUCUCAAAGCAGCAUCGCUUCAACAAGGACCAAAGUUCUUGUGGGCAAGAAAGACAAGAUGCUGUCCGGUCAUCCCUUCUGUGCAUGGUGAAGACGGGAAGAUCCACUGUGCAUCUGGGAUCCAAAGGAAAGCCCGUAGUGAGCCCGUACCAAAAUGUGCAAUCCAAUCACCUCGGGAGAGAUUCUUCUGCAAGUGAAAUCCCUGACAUUGAGGAUUCCCUGAAAGUGGAUGCCUGGGACGUAGAUACAAUUUUCUGCCAAGGGAUGGGUGCCUCCUUUUCCAAUUCCAGUAGGACUGGAGAAACUGUCCAAGUAAUAGAUAAGCUUCUGCAGACACACCCGAAGCGUGUCCCUUUCCACGAUCCCUAUCUUUAUAUGGCCAAAGCCAGAAGAACCACCUCUGUGGUGGACUUCAAGAUGAUGGCAUUUCCUGACCUCUGGGGACACUGUCCCCCUCCUGCCACCCAGCCCCUGUUGGAACGCAAAUGUGGAGUCCAAAGGAUCAGGAUAUUUGAGGAUAUUCGGAGGCUCAUCCAGCCAAGUGAUGUUAUAAAUAAAGUUGUCUUCAGUUUAGAUGAGCCUUGGCCUUUGCAAGAUAGUACUUCCAAUUGCUUAAAGUUCUUCUCCAAAUUUGAAUCGGGAAAUCUUCGCAAAGUCAUCCAAGUGCGUGAGUUGGAGUAUGACCUGUUGGUCAAUGCCGACGUGAACAGCUCCCAGCACCAACAGUGGUUCUACUUCCGGGUGAGCGGAAUGCAGGCGGCCAUCCCUUACCGCUUCAACAUCAUCAACUGCGAGAAGCCCAACAGCCAGUUUAAUUAUGGGAUGCAGCCCACCCUGUAUUCCUUGAAGGAGGCUCUUCUUGGCAGACCCACCUGGAUACGGACAGGCUAUGAAAUAUGUUAUUACGAAAACCACUAUCGCCAGAGUAGAGCUGCUGCAGGCGGAGCGUCUGGAAAGUGCUACUAUACCCUGUCCUUUGCUGUCAGCUUCCCACACAAUGAGGAUGUCUGCUACCUGGCCUACCACUAUCCCUAUACUUACACAGCCCUCAUGACUCAUCUCGACAUUCUGGAAAAGAGUGUCAAUGUCAAGGAGGUCUACUUCCGGCAGGAUGUUCUCUGCCAGACGCUGGGAGGGAAUCCGUGUCCCUUGGUGACCAUCACGGCCAUGCCUGAGUCCAACAGCAAUGAGCAUCUAGAGCAGUUCCGACAUCGUCCCUAUCAGGUGAUCACCGCUCGAGUUCAUCCAGGAGAGAGCAAUGCCAGUUGGGUGAUGAAGGGUACCUUGGAGUUCCUGGUCAGCAGUGAUCCUGUGGCAAGGCUGUUGAGGGAAAACUUCAUUUUCAAAAUCAUACCCAUGCUCAACCCAGAUGGUGUCAUCAAUGGCAACCACAGAUGCUCACUGAGUGGGGAAGAUUUGAACAGACAAUGGCUUUCUCCCAGUGCUCAUCUGCAGCCAACCAUUUACCAUGCCAAAGGACUCCUCUACCACCUGAGCAGCGUUGGCCGGAGUCCCGUGGUUUUCUGUGACUUCCAUGGCCACUCCCAAAAGAAGAAUGUGUUCCUUUAUGGCUGUAGCAUCAAGGAAACCUUGUGGCAAGCAGGAUGCACUGUGGGCACAUCUACUAUCCUAGAGGAUGUCAACUAUAGGACUCUUCCCAAAAUCCUUGAUAAACUAGCACCAGCAUUCACAAUGAGCAGCUGCAGCUUUCUCGUGGAGAAAUCUCGAGCCUCCACUGCCCGGGUCGUGGUGUGGAGAGAGAUCGGGGUGUCCAGAAGCUACACCAUGGAAAGCAGCUACUGUGGCUGUAACCAGGGCCCCUAUCAGGGUCUACAGUUUGGUACCAGAGAACUGGAGGAGAUGGGAGCCAUGUUCUGCUUGGGCCUCCUCAUCCUGGAGCUCAAAUCUGCCAGCUGCAGCCAUCAGCUCCUUGCUCAAGCUGCAACUCUGCUGAGUGCUGAGGAGGAGGCUCUGGACCAGCACCUCCAGCGGUAA